GCCGCACGUGAGGGCGGCGGCAGGCGGAAGUGAUGGCGGCGGGGGCCCGGCGGCGGCGCGGCGGCGGCAAGCGGCGGUAAAGCGGCCACAGAGCGGCGGGGCCCGACAUGGCGGCCCGCGGGGCGCGCCUCUGCUCGCUGCUGCUGCUGCUGGCCGCACUGGCAGGCCUGGGCGCCGAGGCCAAGAACUCUGAGGAUGUCCGGUGUAAAUGCAUCUGCCCUCCUUACAAGGACCACUCAGGCCAUAUUUACAACAAAAAUGUUUCACAGAAAGACUGUGAUUGUCUCCAUGUGGUGGAGCCUAUGCCUGUCCCUGGACCUGAUGUAGAAGCUUAUUGUUUACGUUGUGAGUGCAAAUAUGAGGAGAGAAGCUCAGUCACAAUUAAGGUGACAAUCAUCAUAUACCUGUCCAUUUUGGGCCUGCUUCUUCUCUACAUGGUGUACCUUACCCUGGUGGAACCCAUCCUGAAGAGGCGCCUCCUUGGACAUUCACAGCUCAUACAAAGUGAUGAAGACAUUGGGGACCACCAGCCCUUCGCCAACGCCCACGACGUGCUGGCGCGCUCGCGCAGCCGCGCCAACGUGCUCAACAAGGUGGAGUACGCGCAGCAGCGCUGGAAGCUCCAGGUGCAGGAGCAGCGCAAGUCUGUCUUCGACCGGCACGUCGUGCUCAGCUAAGCGGGGCUCAGGGAAGGAGCCCCAGGGAUGUGCUCUGCUGCAAAGAGCUGACAGAAGUCUUCCUGAUCCUGCCAAUUCAGAAGAGUUUUCUUGAAUGAUUUGUUUUUGAUUAAAAAAAAAAAAACAACAAAUUAAAGAAGUGUUUGAACUUUGAAGGGAUGUACUGGAGUGGAAGGAGUUUAAACACAUUAUUUAACCAAAAGCUUAAAUCUUUAUGUUUUCAAAUGGCUUUUGCUAACAAAACUGGAAAGAAAACAAACCCUAAGAUUCCUUGGGUUGCCACUGUGGUACAUUAUUUACAGUUGUGACUUUAUGGUGGUUUUUAACUAUAUAUUUCUCUCUACUAUUUAUGUGGUUAAAAAGUACCUGGGAACACAGUAAUAACUUGCAACUCACUAAUCACUUUAUGUAAAAACCUUUUGUAAAUAUACUUGGAUUUUCUGCUGAUUGAUGCUAGGUACUGGAAAUCAAAAUCUUGCAGUGUAGUUUUUGGUCUCGGAGAAUGAAACCCUGCUGGCUGUGUUCAUUUGGUUUCUUGCACUCGUACUUUCAAGAUGCUUGUAUGGCAAGUGAUGUCUGCAGACUUGAGGCAAAACACAAGUAGACACUGACUCCUGGAGCUGCAUAUUUCAAGUACUGUGAUGUAGAUAAAUUCAAAUGCAGUGCACAUUCAAGACAGUGUUGACAUUUUGUUCUAUUUUGCUUUAACAGCUUAAUAUAUUGUAGGUGUAUGAUAGCUCUUAUAAAAUCUUUCCCUUUCUUUUCAUGGGUAAAGUCUCAGGAGUUAGUAUAAGAUGAAAUAUUUAUUAUAAGAACCUUCCUGCAUUUGUUUGGAUUGAUGGUGUAAGGCACAUACUUUCUCUAGCACCUGUCAUCUUGGGAGUUAGGUGUAUUUUUUUAUCUGUGACUCUGUACUCAUCUCUCUUCAGAGGUUAUACAGUUGCUGGAUGACUAACUUUCAUAUAUCCCCUUUGGAAUGUAACAAUUAAAGAUAAAAGUGAUUUUUGAAAAA